AUGUUGUCUACACGUCUACAUCUCUGGCUUCUGCUUCUGCUAUUAGACACUUGGGUGAUACUGACCAGCUUGGCUUCCACGCAGAUAGAUGUUUUAGGAACCGAUAAAGCAGAAAAUGGUUAUAAUGCAAAGGCCGAAGAGGCGGAGGAGCUAGUAGUAGAUCGAAGACCGCCACCCACCGACGAGCAGCGGCGUGCGUUCAUCGCACAGGAGCUACCUUCGCUACCAAUCGACUUCUAUGAAGAGCGCUGGCAUGGCGAGUUACGCUUCAAUGAAAGCUGUGCGCCAUAUCCAGAGAUCUUGCAGCUUCAAUUUCAUAACAACUACUGGCAAAUGCAUCGCAGCCACAAUCUGACUUUCUACCUAUACGGCGCCUACUAUGACAAUCGACCGCGCGUGCAGAGCUGGGAAGGUGUGGUGCUGGUGCGCAUACUCGCUAUGGUGAAUGCCUUCAACUUUAAGUCUGUCGAUUAUCCGCCCAGCUACUGUCAGCUGUGGUUUACGGAGCAGAGUGCACCGGUAAUUGUGCCAGUGCGUGAGUAUCGCGAUAAUUGGUACGCGAACUGGGGUCAAGGUCCUGAGUACUACAAUCCAAUAUUCGUUGAAUGCGCAAUGCCGCAGGAGGUGCGGGAUUUGGUGCCGCAUACCGUUUCCUUAGUGUCGUCGGAGUGUGCGCGCGCCACUAACAAUCUGCGCGUGAUCUACGAUCCACCGCCGGAAGGGAAUCGCACGCAACGAGGCUUUGCUGUUUGCUCGACGGCACUGUAUAAUCCCUACAGAGAAAACUCGGUGCGGUUGGUCGAGUGGCUCGAGCUUUUGCGUAUACUGGGCGCCGAUCAUGUGAUGCUGCCCACUUUCGGCUUACAUCCGAACGCCACAAAGGUGUUGCGAUACUAUGAGCGCGAAGGUUUUGUCUCGGCGCCGGGUAUAUCUUUGGUGCGCGGCGAGCCGGCAUUGCCGCACUUCACGUACGCGGCGAUAAAAAUGAGCUUAACAAAUCAUCGCACCAACGAAAUAAUACCACUGAACGAUUGCCUCUACCGAAAUAUGUACAAGCAUGAGUACAUUGUGGUGUUGGACAUCGAUGAGGUUAUAAUGCCAUUGGGCGAACAUCACAGCUGGGCUGACUUGGUGCGCUACGCUAAGGCACAUAUACGCUACGACGAUUGUGAAGGUCUGACGUCACUCUGCUUCCGCAAUGUCUAUUUUCCGGCCUAUCCGAAGCGCAAGCCCUACAGCGAUGAAGUACCAACAUACAUGUAUAUGAUGCAACAUGUGGCACGCGUCGCUGAACACCUGGAGCCGUUUAUGGCUACGAAGUGCUUUCACGAUGCCAAUUCUGUGACGGGUCUGCACAAUCACUACUCAAUGCAUUGGACGGGCGGUUGCGGCAUGCAGACGGUGAAUGAGACGGCGGGUCAAAUGCAACACUAUCGAGAGCCGGAUAUACCGGAGACAUUGGAUAAUCCCGUUAUCGAUGCGGCGAUAUGGCGUUACCGGGAACCGCUGGUGAGGCGCACAAAGGCAGUGUUGCGCAAAUUGGGACUGUUACAGCGCGUGCGUGCGAUUCCAGAGAAAGACGUUAUAGCAAAGCAAGAAGAUGCAGGAGAAGGUGUAGUUGAAAGGGAGACGAACGAGAAAGACGAAGUUGGAGAUAAAAAGCUCAAACCAAGGGCGGCGAAAAAAAUAUAUACGGCGAAGGAAGAGGUGGCGCAGGAAGUGGCAAUGGAGGAAGAAGCUACAGAAGAAAAGGUGCCGAAAGGAGACACGAUCGGCAAAAACUUAAAUGAAAAGACGGAGUUUUAA